GCGUGGACCGCGCAGAUGAUUCCGAUCGCUCGCGUCAGAGGAGUCAACAGCGCCGUUUCGUCGUCGUCGGCUUUAAAUACCCCCGCGCCACCACCACCGCUUCCUCCUCCACGCCAUUACUGCUCCUCAAACGAGACCAAGAAAUCAAUCGUUCCAGCGAAGAAGAAGAAGAAGAAGGAGGAAUCCAUGGCGGCGAGGACGGUGGCGGUGGCGGCGGCGCUCGCCGUGCUGCUGAUUUUCGCCGCCUCGUCGGCGACCGUGGCCAUGGCCGGCCGGCCAACGCCUACGACGUCUCUCGACGAGGAAGCGGCUCAGGCGGCGGCGCAGUCGGAGAUCGGCGGCGGGUGCAAGGAAGGGGAAGGGGAGGAGGAGUGCCUCGCGAGGAGGACGCUGACGGCGCACACCGAUUACAUCUACACCCAGCAGCAUCACAACUAAUUAAUCUUAUCGAUCAAUCAAUAAUCAAUCAAUCAAUCAGUCGCUUCCUCUUCGAUCUACCAAUACUAGUAUUGGUAUAUAAUUAAAACUGCAAAUCCGUCAUGCAUGCAUGGUAUGCCCAUCGAUCCAUCCAUGAUUAUCUCUAGUUAGAUGUAGUAACAAACUGCAUGCGCGUGUUGUGCUCAUCAGUGUUAAUUUUGGCCGCCCCCCUGUUGAUAAACAGUUCUUGAUCGAUGAGAGCUAGCUUUCGUUUUGUUUUGAUUUGUUGGUUGGUUGGUUGAUUUGAGAGUUGAGACAGAUCGAUCUCUGCUUGAAUGGUACCUGUCCCAAUUUCAGACUUUCA